GUCGCAUCAGUUUCCGCGCCAUCAAAGAGAAGCGAGACUACUUAAGGCACCGCGUCCACGCAUCCUGGAUGUAUAUGGCCAAGCUAGCCGCAGCCAAGGAGUUUGCAUACAUGAAGGCUUUGAAGGAUGAGGGCUUUCCGGUUCCAAGCCCGAUCGACCAGAAUCGCCAUGCAGUGGUGAUGUCCUUC